UCCGACCGGAAGAGGGAGCGGGGCGGUUGUUGACAACAUGGCGGCCGCUGGCGCCUCCGCGGGAGGAAGAGGCGGAGGGAGAGGAGGCGGCGGGCGGAGGAAGGCGUCUCAUUCAUAGGGAGCCCGGGCGCUGCCCUCGCCCCCUCCCUCCCCUCCUUCUCCCCCUCCCAGCGGCCGCCUCGCCCCCGCCCCGGCACUAUGUCCUUCUUCAGGCGGAAAGGUAGGGGCGCGGCGGGCGGCAGCCCGGGGGCUGAGCGGCGGCUGCCGGGCCCCGGCCCUGCCCCCCCGGCCUCGGCGCGGGCCCCGAGGAGCGGGAUCCCCGCGGAUCACGUGAAAGGCAAAGAACAAGAAAAGACCACAGAUGUGAAGGCAAUUAAAUCUCCACUACCAGUACAUUCCCCUCAGAGAAGCACUAGAAAUCAUGCCUUGCUGGAGGCUGCAGGACCAAGCCAUGUGGCGAUUAAUGCCAUCUCUGCCAACAUGGACUCCUUUUCCAGCAGUCGAACAGCUGCCCUUAAGAAGCAGCCGAGUCACAUGGAAGCUGCUCAUUUUGGAGACUUAGGCAGAUCGUGUCUGAAUUAUCAGGCUCAAGAGACCAAAUCAAGCCUUUCAAAGACCCUUGAACAAGUUCUGCAGGACAAUGUAGCCCUCCCUUAUUUUAUCCAGUUUAUGGAACUACGCAGAAUGGAACACUUGGUUAAAUUUUGGCUAGAGGCCGAAAGCUUCCACUCCACAACAUGGUCCCGUAUAAGAGCGCAUAGCCUGAACACCGUUAAGCAGAGUUCGUUGGCAGAGCCCGUGUCACCCUCCAAACAGCAGGAAAUGGCAUUGUCUUCUCCAACAGGAUUACUUGAGGAGAGACUGGAGGGUUCUAGCACAGUCUGCCUGGUCAGGACCAAGCCGCUGGCUUCAGACAAGGACGACAGAACUAGCAACAGCCCGAACCACGUGCUCUCACAUCAGGAGAGCGAUAACGCCAGUGUUCUUUGUCUAAGAAAAUCUGAGACUGGGACCCAUUCUGUUCCAGCUGAUCAGCAAGAUUCUUCCAAGCUUACAGUAUCAAAUAGAAACAGCCCUUCCUCUGCACUAAAAGACUUGUCAGGAAAACUGAUGAAAAGUAUAGAACGGGAUGCAGUUAGUACCUUUACCAAAUAUAUUUCUCCAGAUGCUGCUAAACCAAUACCUAUUACAGAAGGAAUGAGAAAUGACAUAGUUGCAAAGAUUUGUGGGGAAGACGGACAAGUGGAUCCAAACUGUUUUGUUACAGCACAGUCAAUAGUGUUUAAUGCAAUGGAACAAGAGCACUUUAGUGAAUUUUUGCGAAGUCAUCAUUUCUGUAAAUACCAGAUUGAGGUGCUGACUAGCGGGACCGUUUAUCUGGCUGACAUACUUUUCUGUGAAUCAGCCCUGUUCUAUUUCUCUGAGUACAUGGAAAAGGAAGAUGCAGUUAACGUGUUGCAGUUCUGGUUGGCAGCAGAUAACUUCCAGUCUCAACUCGCUGCCAAAAAAGGCCAGUAUGAUGGGCAAGAAGCACAGAAUGAUGCCAUGAUUUUAUAUGACAAGUACUUCUCCCUUCAAGCCACGCAUCCUCUUGGGUUUGAUGAUGCGGUGAGGUUAGAGAUUGAAUCCAACAUCUGCAGGGAAGGUGGUCCUCUCCCCAACUGUUUCACUACUCCCUUGCGGCAGGCGUGGACUACCAUGGAGACGGUUUUUUUACCUGGCUUCUUGUCCAGCAACCUUUACUACAAAUACUUGAAUGAUCUCAUCCAUUCAGUACGAGGAGAUGAAUUUCCAGGAGGGAAUAUUGCACUGAAUAUCCAUGGCCCUGGCAGUUCUCCUGAUAGCGAUUCUGUCGGGGGCCCGGAUGGUUCUGCCUCCCAGUCGAAUGUCAAAAAGGCUAAUGUUAAAAUCUUGAAAAAUUUUGAUGAAGCAAUAAUUGUAGAUGCUGCAAGUUUGGAUCCAGAAUCUUUGUAUCAACGAACAUAUGCAGGGAAGAUGACAUUUGGACGAGUCAGUGACCUGGGACAGUUUAUCAGAGAGUCUGAACCAGAGCCUGAUGUCAAAAAAUCAAAAGGGUCCAUGUUUUCACAAGCAAUGAAGAAAUGGGUUCAAGGAAACACAGAUGAGGCUCAAGAAGAGAUGGCGUGGAGGAUAGCAAAGAUGAUAGUCAAUGACGUUAUGCAGCAGGCGCAGUGCGAACCGCCUUCGGAGAAGGUUACGAAGCUAUGAUUUUAGAAGCAUCAGAACAGGAAAUCCAGUUUUCCAUUUUGAGAAUGAGUGAACUUUCCCUUUCGGUGGAUUCUUUAACACAGCCAAUAAAAACUGUUACUCCAACUGCUGAAAUCUCCCUCAUUUCUAAGGAAGAAUUAAGAAGAAGCCAUCCCGUACCUCCACUGUAGAGCGUGAAGAAACACUUUUUCCUGUUGUAUGUGGCAUUCACAGUAAUAAUGAUUUUUAAAGAGAUGAAGUUUACGAUUGUGUCACUGAGAAACUGUGAUCGGCUUCACAAUUACUCGACCCUGUCUCAAAAAGACUUUUAAGCAAAAUAUCUGGAAUGGGACACAAGCCACAACAAAGAGGGGGAAGGUUUUGCCGUAGUUUCUAGUUCUACUACUUGUAGUUUUUAAACAUACGAUUGGAAAGGCCGUGGGGGCCGUCCCCAACACCGCCCGCUGGGGAAGCGAACCUGAAACAGUGAAUUUAUUAUUUGGCAGUGAAUGACCUAAAAAGUUCUAAGUUUAAUUUUUCCUUACUUGAAAUAGAUGCGUAUUCAACUGUAAGAUAAAUGUAUUUUACUUCAUAACUACAUUAACUUUGAAGGCAGCGUAGAAUGAUGAGGAGCGAAGCCUGGACAGUGUAACUCUCCCCGGUCGAGCUCUUACACCCCCAUACACAAACCCCUGCUUCCAGCACGGAGCAGAUGCAGAAGCCAACCUCGCACUGUGCCACCCUCUGCUCCUGAUCCGCGGCUCCCAGUGCAGUCCGCGUUCCGAGGAGGCCAUACCCCAGAGGCCACUCCAUUUUCUUUCCACUCCAUCCCACGAGCAAGGAAAAAAGUAAUUGCUGCCCUGUGUUGCUGCCAUUCUCCAUAGCUUGUUGUCCUCCAACCAACCUAGUAUCUAAUUCCAGAUGUUUGGUUUACAAAGAACAAUGAUUUUUAAUCACCUCUGGCCUUCUCCCUGACAUCAUCAACUCUUGCAAAACCUUUUGUUUUACUAAAAAAGCCACUUGUGUUACACAGCAUCUCUCUUUUUUUCCCCAGUGAAUUGAUUUUGCAGGAUAUCAGAAGUACUUGGUGUCUCACCAUCAUGUUCUCACUGAAUUUUUAUUGUACAACACUUCUAUUUUGGGUUUUUUUGUUUUACGAUUGCUUUUUUUCCUCAAACUUUUGCAACAAAAAUCACUUUGCAAAAGAACUCCGAUCAUUUCCAAUGUUCAGGAUAUCUUGGUUGACUAGCAAGUGUUAUUCUGUUGCAAUAUUCGAUUGUAGAGAGACACUGUAUUGUCUAGAAAAAAAGCAAAAAAAGGCUGUGUAUAGGUUUUUGGUACUAUGUACCACCUCUUAUUUCUCUCAUGCCCAAGUAUUCAUGUACUUAAAACAUACUAUAUUUAAUUGUGUUUUGAUUUAAAAUAUAUAAAUAUUAAAAUUUGUGUCA